UCAGUGGGUUUGGUUGUCUCCACUAGUUGUUAAGGAGCGCGACAGCAGCAGAAAGAAGCCGUUGUUAGUGAAACUACUCCAAAGAUGGUGGUUAAAGCUGUUUGUGUGCUUAAAGGAGCCGGAGAGACCGCCGGUACUGUGUUCUUCGAGCAGGAGAAUGAUUCAUCUCCGGUGAAGCUGACUGGAGAAAUCAAAGGCCUGACGCCCGGGGAGCAUGGAUUCCACGUCCACGCCUUUGGAGACAACACUAAUGGGUGUAUCAGUGCUGGCCCUCACUUCAACCCUCACAACAAGAAUCACGCCGGCCCAAAAGAUGCAGACCGGCAUGUUGGGGACCUCGGCAAUGUGACCGCAGGCGCUGACAACGUGGCCAAAAUUGACAUCACAGAUAAGGUGAUCUCCCUGUCGGGCCCGUACUCCAUCAUCGGCAGAACCAUGGUGAUCCAUGAGAAGGCAGACGACCUUGGCAAAGGAGGCAACGAUGAAAGUCUAAAAACUGGAAACGCCGGCGGACGUCUGGCAUGUGGAGUGAUUGGCAUCACUCAGUAAAGCCCAAAAAACAUGGAAGCAACUUUCUUCCCAACGCACUUAAAGACCAACUGAGCUACUUGGGGUGUGUGUGUGUGUGUGUGUGUGUGUGUGUGUGUGUAGGUUUGGUUUGCCUCAUUAGAAGCUUUAAUGAGCCAGCAUUUUCACUCUUCUUGCGUUACAGCAAUUCUUUCUUUUGCCUAGACCCUUAACAAGUUGUAAACUGACUCAUAGCAAAGUUAAAUAAAGUUUGCU